UUGAUUUAACUACUUCGUUGAUUCUUUGACUCAAAGACCAUCCCUAUUCUGUUUAUUUUAUUGGGUGAAUUUGACGUUUCUUGAUCUGAUUUUGAUUUCUUAUAUCGUAGUGUUAUUUUGUUUAGUAAUCAAAGUUUGUGUAAAUUUUUAUAAAAAUGACAGAUAUUACCGACAAUGAUCCAAUGUCAUCAUCUAGCGAAAACAAAGAUUCUGAUAUGAAAGACGACGCCCCUUUAGCUAAAAAGCGUAAAAUGGUGCCAGAGAAUGAGCAAUGUGAGAAACUGGAGCACAGAUUGUGUGGUAUUUUAUGCUGCGCAGUUUGUCUGGAACUACCUCCGGCCGCUGUGUAUCAGUGUACAAAUGGGCAUCUUAUGUGCGCGCCUUGUUUUACUCAUUUGCUGGCGGAUGCGCGGCUGCGCGACGAGGCCGCCACCUGCCCCAACUGCCGAGUGGCCAUCUCGGCCAGCUCGGCCUCGCGCAACCUGGCCGUUGAGAAGACCGUCUCCGAACUGCCCUCAGAAUGCCGGUACUGCGCGCGCCUCUACCCGCGUCACGCGCUACGCAACCACGAGGAAAAUCUGUGUAACGAAAGAGUGACGGGCUGCAAGUACGCAUGCAUCGGGUGCACGUGGCGCGGGCCGGCGCACGAGGCGCGCGGCCACGAGGCGGGCUGCGAGCACCCCGCGCGCUCCGCCGCCGACCUGGUGUCGCUGCUGGCGGAGCGCGAGCGCCGCGCGCAGGACGCCGCCGCCGUCCACGAACAGAUCCUCGAUCUCCUCUCCUACGAAAAGAUCACCAUUAACGACUUGCAGCUGAAGCCGUACCACACGGAGGAGUUGGUGCACAAGCUGUACUACGAGUCGGCGCGCUUCUCCGCCUUCGGCCAGCAGUGGGUGGUGAAGGCGUUCGUGAACCGCGACCGGGGCGACCCCACGCAGAGCGCGCAGCGAGACAUCACGUACCAGCUGCUCCUGAAGAGCAAGGCGGGGAGCGCGCUGGGCGUGCAGUGGAUGUGCGCGCGCGGGCCGUGGGGCGAGGCGCGCAUGUCUGCGCACGUGGCGACGCACACAUUCCGCGAGGAGACGCCGGACUCUCCGCCGCUGCCGCUGCCGCUGGCCGAGCCGCGCGACGCCAACCGGCUGCUGGCCGCGCGGCCGCUGCACUGCAGACUCAUCAUGUUCCUGUCGGCGAAGUGAUCCCACCUCGCCACCCUCGCCACUCUCGCCUCAGCAAUCAAACAAUAUUCCGCGCACUCAAAUGUCACCAUUUAAAUAACCUUUGAU